GAUUACCUGCCCGCCAGCUUUGACGCAGAGAGCAAGCAACACAUUCCCGGUUGCCUUCAACACACACGAGAGCAGAUUCUCUCUGAUAUCCAUGAUUGGAUUGAUCAUGAAAGCGAAAAGCGUAUUUACUGGCUCAGUGGCAUGGCAGGUACAGGAAAAUCUACAAUUUCUCUAACGAUUGCACGCGAAUACUAUAAAAGGAAGCAAUUGGGAGCAAGCUUCUUCUUUUCCAGGGGUGGUGGUGAUCUCGCAUCAACCAAGAAGUUCGCGACUACUAUGGCCGCUCAGCUCGCGGAGCAUUCUCUAGUAUUACGACAGCAUAUCAUGGACGCUUUCGCAUCGAACGCUCGGAUUGAUCACCUCGCAUUGUAUAACCAGUGGGAGAAGCUUAUCAUGGAGCCUCUCCGCUUGCUAGAGUCGAACUCUAUCCAGUCUCCGCUUCUCAUUAUAGUCGAUGCACUUGACGAAUGCGACAACGAAAGAGACAUGGUAAUGUUGAUUGAAUGCUUUGCGAGCAUUAUUUCGACGGUCAAAAAGAUACCACUCCGAAUUUUUGUUACAAGCAGGCCGGAUCGACCAAUUGAUCUUGGAUUUGAGGGCAUAUCCGUCAGCUCACGUCAACAUUUCGCCCUUCACAGCAUUGAACAGGCAAUCGUGGAUGGCGACUUGGAGAUAUACUAUCGUCAUCAGCUGACGCAAAUAUCCCAGAGACAUUGCUGGAAUGACAACGUAAUAUCUGAUGAGGUGAUUCAUACUCUCGUGCAAAAAUCACAUGGGUUGUUUAUCUAUGCCGCUACAGCUUGCCGAUUUAUCAAUGAAGGAGGCAUCCUCGCAGAAGAGCGGCUCUUGAAUCUGUGUGCCACUGGACCUUCUACUUUCGAAGCCGAAAAGGGACUUGAUAGCAUCUAUAACACAGUUUUGGAAAACUCGUUCAGCGAGCAAUUGGAUCCUGGCGAAGUUGCAAUAUUGCAGCAAAAGUUUCAAAAAGUUGUCGGAUCAAUUUUGGUGUUGUUUGAUACAUUCACCCUGAGUGAUAUCGUCAAUUUUAUCAAAGAGCCAAAGACGAGGGUCAUAUCAAUACUCAAUAAGCUCAAAUCUGUGUUGGAUUUUGCGGAAGACGACGGAAAGCAAAUCGAUAUCCUUCACCCUUCUUUUAGAGACUUUCUACUUGAUUCAAGAAGAUGCUCAAACCAGUUAUUCGGGAUUUUCACCAAGCAGGUUCAUUAUGAUCUAUUCGAACGUUGUUUAGCUAUCAUGCAUGGUUUUCUACAUAAAGACAUGUGCAAACUAAAAAAGCCAGGGGUAAAGGCACGAGAUGUUUCCAAAGCCCAAGUGGAUCAACAUAUACCUCUCUCGGUUCAGUAUGCUUGCAGUUACUGGAUGCGACAUCUUCAGCAAAGUGGGCAAGACUGGAAAAGUCAUGAAGGCAUGGUGGAUUUCUUCCGAGCUGAUUUCCUCGGUUGGCUUGAAGUUCUCGCUCUCUUGGGUCGGCUAUCCGAGGGAAUGACUAUGUUGUCAGAGCUUCGAUGGCCCCGGGCGAAGGCCCCCAACACCGUUGCCAAGGUCCUCGGCGAGCUCAUACGCGACGCCAAGAGAUUCGCCUAUUAUCAUAGUCGCAUUAUCGAAGAAGCGCCGUUGCAAUUGUAUUGCUCAGCGCUCCUGUUUAGUCCCGAGCAAAGCCUUAUUCGUCAAAUAUACCAUGACCAAGUUCCAAACUGGAUCACCGCUUCAUUCGAGAGGCGCGACACAUGGCCCACAUAUACGCAGAUUCUGUGGCACCCACCGGGGUUUAUAUCAUUUGUAUUCUCACCAGAUGGCAAAUAUUUAGCAUCUGGGUGUGACGAUGGAACUGUUUGGCUAUGGGACGUCGUGACAGGUGCAAAUCAGCGCAUUCUUAGGGGUCAUUCAGAUUGUGUGAAUUCAGUUGCCAUCUCUCCCGACAGUCAACUCAUUGCCUCUGCGUCGUGGGACCGUACAAUCCGGCUCUGGAAUUCUACGACUGGCGCAUUUCAGGAUGAAAUUUUGAGCCAUGAUCACACGGCUUGGUGCCAUGAUAGGUCGAGUUGUCAGGUUGCAUUUUCACCAGAUGGUGCCUCGCUUGUGUUACGCUCGACUAUGAGUGCCAUCGGUUAUAGUAACAUAUCGCUGUGGAAUAUUUGCAAAACAGGGACAUCAGUGUUCCAUAGCAAGAACGCAGACGAUCGCAAUCGACACAUAUUCUCUCCCGAUAAUAAGCUCCUUGUCCUUUUAACCAGGCAGGAUUCUAUGCAAAUUUGGGAUAUACAGAAGAGAGCUACGAUAUACGAGAUCCAGGUUACCAGGCUUAGACGCAUGGCGUUUUCGCUUGACUCCAAGCUUAUCGCAGCUAUCGUUUCGGAUGAGCAAUUAUACGUGUUCGACCUCGAAGCAAGUGGUCAUUUAACCAAGGUCGAGAGAAAUUUCAUUUUCGUCACUAAUAUGCAAUUCACACACGAAAACCGACUUCUUGUGGCUAACGGUUGGAAUCCGAGUCGGACUGAGGUUUUGGAUAUCCACACAGGAAGAACUCUGCGUGUCUUCCAUCCGAAUAAUGAUGCCCGUUCCUAUGGCGGUGAAAAAUAUCGAAAGAUAAUUUUUCAGACUGCUGACAUUAUUGUGACAUCCGAUGGAGGAGACUUUACAGUUGAAGUAUGGGAUUUAGAAACCGGCGAAUUGAGAAUAAGUCUAGAA